CUCGCCCUCUUACUGUGAGCUGCUGAUUAUUGUUAUUAUUCACUCUCGCUCUCUCUCUCUAUUGCAUUGCUACUGACAAGCAUUUGCCUGCGGGGGUGGUUUUCAUCAACUCUAGUCUAUUGUCAGCAAAGGAAAUUGUAAGAGAACGGCAGCAGCAGUGGCAGCAACAGCAGCAGCAGCAGAAACCCUUCUCUUCUUCAGCAGCAGCAGCAGCAGCAACAUCUUGGAAUUGCCUUGCCUGGAAACAGAGACAUCUAUCUGGCUCUAUUUUUAUUUUAUUUUUUUAAAUAUUUCAUUAAAUAUUGAACUGGGGGGUAAAAAGGGCUGCUUUCCCAGGGAUUUAUUUCAUGGGGAUGUGUUCAAGGCAAGAGAGGAUUCAGAAAGAUAUUGACAUUGUAAUCCAAAAGUGCAAGGCGGAAAAGGACUGCCUGUUUUCAGAUUUCAGAUACUCGGACUCCACAUUCACCUUUACUUUCCUAGGCGGCUCCAAAAGUGUUGCGUAUUCAGUUCACGUCUCUGAGGACUAUCCAGAUAACACUUACGUAUCAAGCUCGGAAAAUGAUGAAGAUGUGUUAGUUACAACAGAACCUAUUCCAGUCAUUUUUCACAGAAUUACAGAGUUAAGGAAGUCCAAUGACAUCACCAACAGCUUAUCAAUAAAAUCGAGGCUACAGAAAGAGAAUGGAGAGGAAUCCAGGCACAGCAGUGCAGUGGAAGAAGAUUCAGAGGGAGACAAUGAUUCCGAGGAGUUUUAUUACGGAGGGCAGGUGAGCUAUGAUGGAGAACUGCACAAGCACCCCCAGUUGGAAGCUGACCUGGCAGCGGUGAGAGAGAUCUAUGGGCUCAGUGCUGUUUCUCUCAGGGAAUAUGGAGCAAUCGAUGAUGUAGAUAUUGACCUACAUAUUGAUGUUAGCUUCCUUGAUGAAGAAAUUGCUGUUGCUUGGGAUGUCAUCCGUACAGAGCCUAUAGUUGUGCGUCUGCAUUGUUCCCUGACUCAGUAUUUAAAUGGCCCAGUUCCUACAGUGGAUGUGUUUCAAAUUUCCACCAAGGAAAAAUUUGGCUUGGGGCAUCAGCUGAAAAAAAUCAUGCAGACAUUUGUAACUCAGCAGUGGAAACAGAGUAAAGAAAAAUCCAACUGUUCGCACAAGAAAGUAUCUGAUAAGAAGGUGAAGUCCCCUCUGCACAUUUUUUCUACAUUGCGCAGGUCGCCUAGUUAUCCUCCUCCUGGGUGUGGGAAAAGUAAAGUAAAACUAAAGUCUGAACACGAUGGGAUCUCAAAGACUCACAAGCUUCUGAGAAGGACUUGUUCUAGCACAGUGAAACCCGUCGACGUGUGUAACACAAAAUCCCACCGAAACUUUGGCCGUUCUUUGUCAAGUGAUCCUAGAGCUGAACAGACAAUUAGUGUAAAAUCACACAAACUUUUGAACCGCCCCUGUUCGACAGCCAUUAAGCAAGAGGAAUGCAUCUCAGUAAAGCAACAUAAACUGCUAAGUCGUUCUUGUUCUGGAGAUCCCAGAUGUGAGCACAACAGCACCUUGAAGCCCCAUAAACUGUUAAGCAGGUCUUACUCUAGUAAUCUUCGCAUGGAAGAAUUAGAUGGACUUAAGAACCACAAAUUACUCAGCAAAUCAUAUUCCAAUGCCCCUAAAUCAUCCAAAAUGGACCUCUUGAAAGAACCUAUAGCAGAGGGCAGGAGGCUCUCUCUUACCUCAGGGCUGAUUGGUAUCUUAACGCCAGCUUCGUCGUCACAAGCUGCUCCAAACAAUGGUGCAAAAAAUGCUCCGGUGCGAGGUCACGGCUUUCUAGUUCAGACAAUAGAAUUUGCAGAACAGAGAAUACCUGUCUUAAAUGAAUAUUGUGUGGUUUGUGAUGAACCUCAUGUCUUUCAAAAUGGACCAAUGCUGAGGCCCACGGUGUGUGAAAGAGAACUGUGCGUAUUCGCUUUCCAGACAUUAGGAGUAAUGAAUGAAGCUGCAGAUGAAAUUGCAACUGGCGCUCAGGUGGUAGACCUUUUAGUAUCUAUGUGUCGAUCUGCUUUGGAAUCUCCAAGGAAAGUCGUCAUUUUCGAGCCAUAUCCUUCUGUAGUAGAUCCUAAUGACCCUCAGGCACUGGCCUUUAAUCCAAGAAAGAAAAAUUAUGACAGAGUUAUGAAAGCACUGGACAGCAUCGCUUCAAUCAGAGAAAUGACUCAAGCACCUUAUUUGGAAAUUAAGAAGCAGAUGGACAAGCAAGACCCUUUAGCCCAUCCAUUGCUGCAAUGGGUUAUUUCCAGUAACAGAUCGCAUAUAGUGAAACUGCCAGUUAACAGGCAACUUAAAUUUAUGCACACCCCUCACCAGUUCCUCCUUCUUAGCAGUCCACCAGCCAAAGAAUCAAAUUUUAGAACUGCUAAAAAACUCUUCGGGAGCACAUUUGCAUUCCACGGCUCGCACAUUGAAAACUGGCACUCGAUAUUGAGGAAUGGUUUAGUUGUUGCUUCCAAUACAAGACUGCAGCUACAUGGUGCCAUGUAUGGAAAUGGAAUAUAUCUAAGUCCUUUAUCAAGCAUAUCAUUUGGCUACUCAGGGAUGAAUAAGAAGCAACAGAAAGUGUCAGCUAAGGAUGAUCCCCCAUCCAGCAGCAAAAGCAGUAGUACAGUACAGUCGCAGAAAAAAGGACAACAAUCUCAAUUUUUACAAAGCCGUAACUUGAAAUGUAUAGCCUUAUGUGAAGUCAUCACUUCACCAGAACUGCACAAACAUGGUGAAAUCUGGGUUGUACCCAGCACCGAUCAUGUCUGUACAAGAUUCUUUUUUGUGUAUGAGGAUGGACAAGUUGGGGAUACAAGUAUUAACACACAAGAACCAAGCAGUCACAAAGAAAUCCUUCGAGUUAUUGGCAACCAAACUGCUACUGGCUAAAGGAAGCGGUGGCAGAAUUUGCAGUCUCAAAGCUGGACUUUGUGCUGGGGAAAAAAAUGAAAUAUAUUUAUUAUCAAAGGUCUGAAAACACAAACACACUUAUUUAAGCUCAUGUUUUACUAAUGGACCAUAAAAAUAACAAACUUUGUUGCAACAGAAUUGUUGUGUAUACAACCAAGGCAACCGUGCUUAAAGAGAGUAAAAGCAACAUGACAGUUGUUAAUCAAGCUA